UUGCUGCCACGAUUGCCCGGCCAGGGACCCGGGCCGAACAGUCAUCGUCAGAAUGUCGGGCAAAGACAGAAUUGAAAUCUUUCCCUCGUGAAUGGCACAGACCAUCAUGAGGGCUCACUUAAAAGGAGCACAGAAGGGUCGAAACCUCCUAAAGAAAAAAUCUGACGCCUUAACUCUUCGAUUUCGACAGAUCCUUAAGAAGAUAAUAGAGACUAAAAUGUUGAUGGGUGAAGUGAUGAGAGAAGCUGCCUUUUCACUUGCUGAGGCCAAGUUCACAGCAGGGGACUUCAGCACCACAGUAAUCCAAAAUGUAAAUAAAGCCCAAGUGAAGAUUAGAGCAAAGAAAGAUAAUGUAGCAGGUGUUACUUUGCCAGUAUUUGAACAUUACCAUGAAGGAACUGACAGUUAUGAACUGACUGGUUUAGCCAGAGGUGGCGAACAGUUGGCUAAACUGAAGAGGAAUUAUGCCAAAGCAGUGGAACUACUGGUGGAACUAGCUUCGCUGCAGACUUCCUUUGUUACUUUGGAUGAAGCUAUUAAGAUAACCAACAGGUGUGUAAAUGCCAUUGAACAUGUCAUCAUUCCCCGGAUUGAACGUACCCUUGCUUAUAUCAUCACAGAGCUGCAUGAGAGAGAGAGAGAAGAGUUCUAUAGGUUAAAGAAAAUACAGGAGAAGAAAAAGAUUCUCAAGGAAAAGUCUGAGAAGGACUUGGAACAAUGGAGGGCAGCUGGAGAGGUGAUGGAGCCUGCUAAUCUUCUGGCUGAAGAGAAGGAUGAGGAUCUUCUCUUUGAAUAAUCUUUCCUGCUGAUUCUUUCAGAAGGCCUAACAUGGCAUCAUUUUAAUUCACGGUGUGUAGGUUUGGUAUGUGUGGCUAUUUAAUUUUUGGCCUAAGAAUUUCACCAGUUGUAAAAUUCCCUGAUGUCCGUUUAUGGGAUUACCUUUGCAGAAUCAUAGUUCAGCAACCAUUUAUCACCAAUGAGAUUUGUAGAACCUGCCCAGAAACUUAUAGAAUUUAUUCUGCGAAGCGUCACCCUACUGCACUUACACGUCUGUUGCAAGUGAUCUGCUUACCAACAUAUUAAGAAAUUCCCCUUAGGAAACAGCAGUGGUCUCAGGCCAACACAUGUAGGACAGCUACUGCUGGAACACCCUUUGUUCCUACCUACUUGCACACCAUUGUCUGAGAUUGCUGCAGCCAUCCUUGUGUUAGUUACUGUGGGACUUCUCUCCUCAAGCUUUAUGAAAACCUUCACUUAUUCUUCCUUGAAUGACAGGUCUGUCUUGUCUGUCAUGGGAACAGUUCUGCCAAUUCAAAUGUGACUAUGGUAAUAAACAGUAAAAUGAUU